GUUUAAACAUGAGUAGAUCUAAACUUGCAUUCAAUUUUAAAAAUGCUUUUCCUACUUGUGCUGAAUGGGCAAAUGCGUUUAGAUUCAAGACACUAAAAACACUUCCUAGAGCUACUUUGAGUAGUUCAGAAACAGCCUUAGAAUGUGCUAAAGCAUUAAAUAUACAAAAUCCUGAAAAUAGAAUAGCAUUAGAAUUAUAUCCAGGGCUCGGUUGCUGGACGAGGGCCUUGAAAGAUAUUGGAUUUAAAAGAGUAAUUUCUUUAGAACCUCAGAGUGUAUACUAUCAAUGGUUACAGGAAGAGGUAUUUGGACCUCUGGAAGAAAAGGUAUCUGUAUUCAAAAUGGAUGGAUAUGAGUGGGAGACUUAUGGAGAGCUUAAAAAACCAGAUCACCUAGGAAAUCUAGUGAACACAGAUUGGUCACAAGUGCACCCAAACUUAUUCUUUACUGGUAUGCUACCAAGAGGCAGAAGAGGUGAACAAUUACUAUCACAAUUCGUAUGCUGUGUACAUAAUAAAAUGGCCAUGCAUUCUCUUGGUCGUAUUCCAAUGGCAUUCUGGGUUCCUGAUCUUUUAUACCCCAAACUCACGUCUGUCGCAGGUGAAAGAGCCCGAUGCAAGAUGAGCAUUGUGGCUGAAGCUGUUGGUGAAGUAAAGACGAUAUAUGAAACCAAGCCUGGUGAUGCAUAUCCUGACUCAACUUCCUAUCAUCUUGUAUCGAUCGUGCCUUGGGAAAAGAGUAGAAUAAAUGCUGAUUGGGAUGUAUUUGAAUACGUCUUGAAGCAUUUAUUUGUUCAGCCUAAAACAAAGCUUACAACUGCAAUCAAAACAUUAGGGCCUGGUGCAGAAAUUCUCCUCGGUAGACUUCCAUAUAAUCCAGAUGUUUUUGUUAGAGAUUUGACAAUUGAACAAUUGGAUCAAAUAGCUAUCAAAUUUGAUCAAUGGCCAUUAAAGCCCAAAGUUUUAUUUGAGGACGCAGAUCCAUUUUUAUCUAAAUAAAGUUUAGAUCCUCUUCAUAUCCAAAGUUUGGUAUCUUUUUCUUGUUCUUUUUCUUUUUCUUUUU